AUGAAAAUUUAUGUAUGCUUCUUCAUAAGCACUCCAACUUCACAUGAAAUAUUAAGAAUCUGUGUAAGUAUAGCAUUAGAUUGUCCCCUUCAAUCUCUUUUGAUUGCAUGUUUUAGGGGAUGUCUUUAUGAGCAACAAGUAUUAUCAUGCUUGAACAAUUCAAUAAGAUUUUUGUGUAAAGAAAUUGGCUAG